GAAUACAGAUGAAAAUAGCUCCAUACCUCUAGGAGGCAGCAUAAUUCUUAACAUCAUAAAAUCCAAGGAAGUGAUUAUGUGUGAGGAUGCGGUACAUGCAGUAUAGAUAACAUUAAAACAACUUUCAGUCAGCAUUUAAGCAACAAAAUGAAGCUGUAUUGUCUAUCUGGCCAUCCAACGCUGCCCUGCAAUGUUCUUAAGUUCAAGUCCACCACCAUCAUGCUGGAUUGCGGUCUGGACACCACAUCUGUUCUUAACUUCUUGCCCCUUCCGCUAGUCCAUAGCCCAAGACUCUCCAAGCUUCCUGGAUGGGUCUCCAAAGAUGCAACAGUAAAUCUGGAGAAGGAGCUGAAGGAGUGUGCGGGAAGAAUAUUUGUGGACUCGCAGCCGGAAUUCUGUCUUCCUGAGAAAGAACUGCUCGAUCUGUCUACGAUUGAUGUCAUCCUUAUUUCAAACUAUCACUGCAUGAUGGCUUUACCCUACAUCACUGAACACACAGGCUUCACGGGGACAGUGUAUGCCACUGAGCCCACGCUGCAGAUCGGCAGACUGCUAAUGGAAGAGCUUGUAAACUUCAUGGAAAGAGUUCCAAAAGCCCAGUCUGCCACCUGCUGGAAGAACAAGGACGUACAGAGGACACUCCCUGGGCCAUUGAAGGAUGCUGUGGAAGUAUGGACAUGGAAGAGAUGCUACAGUAUGCAAGAGGUGAACUCUGCUCUGAGCAAAGUGCAACUAGUGGGUUAUUCACAGAAAGUGGAGUUGUUUGGAGCAGUGCAGGUCUCCCCCUUGAGCUCGGGCUACUCAUUGGGCAGUUCUAACUGGCUCAUUCAGUCUCACCAUGAGAAAGUGUCAUAUGUGUCCGGUUCAUCUCUCCUCACUACACAUCCACAGCCAAUGGACCAAAGUUCUCUGAAGAACAGUGACGUUUUAAUUCUGACUGGUCUAACCCAGAUGCCCAUGGCCAACCCUGACGGCAUGCUGGGAGAUUUCUGCAAUAACCUUGCCAUGACAAUUCGUGCUGGAGGCAAUGUUCUGGUUCCAUGCUACUCCUCAGGAGUGAUCUAUGACCUGCUGGAGUGUCUGUACCAGUUUAUUGACAAUGCUAACCUGGGGACCACACCUUUCUAUUUCAUCUCACCUGUGGCCAACAGUUCGCUGGAGUUCUCUCAGAUCUUUGCUGAAUGGCUUUGCCACAACAAGCAGUCAAAGGUGUAUCUCCCAGAACCUCCAUUCCCACAUGCUGAGCUGAUCCAAACCAACAAGCUCAAGCACUACCCCAGCAUUCACGGUGACUUCAGCAGUGAGUUCCGUCAGCCCUGUGUGGUUUUCACCGGCCAUCCCUCCUUGCGUUUCGGUGACGUGGUUCACUUUAUGGAGCUGUGGGGCAAGUCCAGUCUCAACACCAUCAUCUUUACAGAGCCAGACUUCUGCUACAUCGACGCCCUGGCUCCAUAUCAACCCCUGGCUAUGAAGUGUGUUUACUGCCCCAUUGACACACGGCUCAACUUCCACCAGGUGUCAAAGCUUCUUAAGGAAGUGCAGCCCCUCCAUGUGGUGUGUCCGGAGCAGUACACCCAGCCACCGCCUACUCAGUCCCACCGGGCUGAUCUAAUGCUGGAGCUGCAGCCUCCCCCAGUGCCUUACAGACGCUGCUCUGUACUCAACCUGCCCUUUAGACGUCGCUAUGAGCGUGUCUACAUCCUUCCCGAGCUGGCCAACUCCCUGGUGCCUUCAGAGAUUAAACCUGGCGUCUCUGUGGCCACGGUUUCUGCAGUGCUGCACUCCAAGGACAACAAGCACACACUGCAGUCCGUGCCCAAGCCCCCUCCUGUGCCCCCGAGCAAGAAACGGAAGCGAGUCCUGGAGGAGCCCCCUGUGGUGCAGACGCCCAAACCCCUGCUGAGUGGAGCCGUGCCCUUAGAAGGUUUUCUGGCCACGUUACAAAAGCAUGGGAUCACGGAGGUGAAAGUGGAAGAGACAGCAGACGGUCACAUCCUGCAUUUGCAGGCAGAGGAUACACUGAUCCAGCUGGAGGAGGACGGGACACACAUAGUGUGCAACAACAAUGAGCCGCUGCGAACCACACUGAGAGACCUGGUGCUCCGAUUCCUGCAGAAACUGUGA